AUGCAGUUACUAGACGCGACACGAGCAACUGAUCCUGAUAAAGUACCAAACAUAUAUCAUUUUCCCGCUAUCAUUUCUGAUUGUGACUUGUACCAGGAUGGCGACGAAGGAACAUUGGAAUUUAAUUUUCAAAAAAAGCUUCUUUCAGCAAUUGGAAUAAGCGAUAGAAAUAUAUCAAAUUCUUGA